GUCCGAUGAGCUUCUCGCUCUCGACGAAGAGGCGACCUCAGGAGGUCGCACGAGCGGAUUUCCGUCGCUUCCGAAGCUGAAGAAUAGAUCGAUCGAGAUACUCCGAGGAUGAGCGCUUCAAUUCGUCUUCGACCUAGUGAAAAGUUGGAAAACUUGCUCUCACGAAGGAUAAUCUUAAUCGAUGAAACCGAGCCCUCGAUCGAGAGCUUCUGAGUAACAUCAUAAUGCUGGUGCAUGUGAAUAUGGGUGGAGAGUAGAUUGUCCACUUGUGCUAUCAAAACACAGAUGCCAAUAAUUAUUUAAUUAAGAAGAUUGAGAAUAACGCGAGUGAGAGAUACGUGUCGCUCCUUGCUACGUGUGCAGAUAGAACGCAGUUGAAGAAUCUUGGGCGGAUAACAAAGAAGCCGUGCUCCACGAGAGUUUCGAUCUUCGAAUGGAUAAUGUGCAAACAGUCGAUUUACUGUUAAUCAAAUUUAAAAGUAUCUUACAGCGAGUGUUUUGUGAUUUAGUGAGAGUUUUAACAGAUUACACCGCGAAACAUCAUACUUGAUCAGAGGAAGAAAGAAAUCGAUCAGUAAGAUCGAUAAACAGAGCGCAUAACGGACGUGCAAGCAUUUUCAUCGUGAGAUUUUUGUCGCCUCGCAAAAAUAAACGGGAACGGGAAAUUAAGUUGUUUAAUUCUUCGUGCUUUCUUUGGCUCCCGCAGCAAGGAGCGAAAGUGCGUCGAAGAAAUCUCGAGUGCAUUCAAAUGCAUUACCGUGCAUUUGCUUUCCACAAUAUUUGCACGAUCGAGCGUUUACAAGAGGAAUCAACACUUCACUCGUACCGUCAAUUUAUAGAUCGCUUUUCCGUUUGCCGAGGCGUGUGAAAACAAAUCAGACAAAGAGCAGCUAUUAUGGAAUGGAUAUCUAGACAAAGAUAUUCGGACCUCCUUCGAGCAUAAAUUGCAGUAAAGGAAAUCAGCAUUAGCGGCAUAAAAAAUGCCUAAUAUAAGACUUCUUUAUCAAUAUUUUCUGAUACACUUAACACACAUACACUAGCAUAAACUAAUAUUGAAAUAAAGGAGUAAUCUUCGACCGUUUCGCGAAAUAGAAAUAUCUCAACGUCGAAAUUAAGCAUACGUGCUCCUCAGCCUCUUUCGCACGAGUAUAAAAAAGAAAUAAAGUUAUUUAAGUCAAGGCAGCUUUCGUAAUCCGAGUUUCAUGAAUGUCAUAAGAAAACGACGUUACGACGGCGCAGUUUCGGCAGAAUCGCGUAAACAAUGACGGCGCUGAUGAAUCCCGGCGAUCGCUGUUCAUUAAAAAUUAGCCGUCACGUUCCGCGGAAUAUCUAGAUCUCGCGUCUCCACCCAGCAAUAUCCGUUCAAUGGCGGAGGAUAAUGCCCGUCCGGUCGAGGAAUCCGGCGCGCUCGAGGUCGAGAGGAAGCACGAUAGACCGAGCGGCCAUUCCGGCCGUCUGCGCGAUCAGAGAGCGGUCCCCAGGGUCAAGGACAAACCUGAGGAGGGUCGACUUCCUACCCCGCCCCCGGAUCCGCAAUGCCCGCCGGUCGUGCGGGAUCAGUCAACGGGGGUGACGUCCCGCGGGCCUGACGAGGAAGAGGAGGACCUCGCCGCUUAUCUCGGCGAGCUCGGCACGUCGCCGUUCGACGGCCACUCGUUCGAUUUCGACACGAACACGCCGAACUCAGCGAUGGGCGGCGACGCGGGGGUGCCGUUCGCGGAGGAGGCGUUCGAGCACCUGGACCGGAUGUGCGCGCUGACGGAACAGAUCCUGGAGCUGCGCGACCGCAGCUGCAAGCUCUUCCGGCGCGUGCGAGGCCUGGAGCGCGCCAAGGUGCAGAGAUCGGCCGAUCGCCGGUUGGAGAUCGCCGUGGCGAGCGACGAGGAGUUGCUGAACGAUUACGCCGACGAGGACACCGGGUUUGCGGAGUCGUUGCUGGAUGCGAUGCUGUCCAACUGCCGGGACGCCGCGUCCACGCCGAGGCGGAACGACCGCUCGAGCGUGCGCUCGCCCUCGUCGUCGAGGCAGCGAAGCCGAUCACUCGCGCUGACCGAGCAGAUUCCGUCGACGGGUGUGUUGAGCGUUGUUGAUCAUGAAGCGACGCCGAGGAACACCAAUCGCAACGGUAGUCCCAAGAUCAGCAAGUGGACCAGGGUGAAGGCGGCCUUCAAAUGGGAGCGCGCGUGCACGAACGAUCUUCCGGAUAUCGCGGAGGCAAACACUCCGGUUGCAACGUCGCAGACGACGCGGUAUCUGAAAAUCCCGGAUUCCACCACCGCUGGAAGCUGGAGCGGCGGAUCGGCACUGUCGCCCUGCACCAGCGAAAUUUCCAGUCCGUCCACGCCGAUCGGCAGGGUGUCGUCCGCAUCGUCAUCCAACGAGGAGGUUUUCGAUGAUGCUCGUAAAAAUGUCAUCAACUAUUCCGAUCGACAAUUAAUGCCACUAAUAAAAGAUGAUAAGAAGAAGGACGAUUCAGAUCGAUACGGUCGAUUAUUCGAUGUUCCUAUCACGGACAGUGUUGAUCCCAUAGAAUCUCCCAGCGAGACAAAUCGCGGCAAACCACUGAUUCGCAUCACAUCAGAUACCGACAUGACAAUGCGUAUUGCAAGCGGAACUAGCGGGAAGGAUCCGGAAUUAUCCGCGAAGAGACCGACGCCAACAUUGACGAUUACGAUACCGUCGAACGAAGAGGAAAUCAGGAGUCUGUCUUCCCCGGAUUCGAUAUCUCCUCUUCUCUCGAGUACCCACGAUUCUGGCGGAAGUUCGCCACAGCGUCCCAAAGCGCGUCAGGAUAUUUCGAACCCAAGAGAGUUCAAACGACAGUAUUCGACGAUCGAGGAGGUAACACCAGCACCAAAGAUACAGCGGCAAGAUUCGAAAUGGAACAAGGUCAGACGUGCCUUUCUGACAAACGCCACGUUCAGCGUUCCUCCAAGCCCGGUUAAAGUGGUCGCAGCACAAUCAUUCGCAAACGAUGAUACGCGCCGAGCUCGCAGCUGUAGCGAAAGCGUCGAGGAUCUCGGUAAAACCGUUGCAGGUAUCAACAACAAUAGUUAUUAUCGGGCGGAAGCGCGCAGGGACUAUCAGGCACUGCGGGAAAAAUUCGGCGCCGAAUUUCACCGGAAGCUGAUCGAGUGGGAGCGACUGAAGAGUACGCGAAACGCUCGCGAUGGUCUCCCGCUCAGCGAGGAACGACUAGCACCCGAGUUCAGAAAGAAGCUGCAGGACUGGAAACGGGCGAAGAAGGGUCGUAGAUCAAACAACAUCGAGCAACAACAUGUCAAUCGUCGACGACUGACUGAUUGGCAACUCUGGCGUUCUUCUUCGAAACCUGAGCCAAGAUGUUAUGGCAAGAAUCAAAACUCGAUCGGAUCCCGUGGAAGCUGCGCGAGCAUUGGUAGCGCAGGAAGUGGCAGUGAUGGAAGACAGCACCUCUGCGAGGACUUUGUCAAGAGAAUGGAGGCGUGGAGAAGAAUGAGCGAAGUCGCUUGUCGGGGCAGCGAGAUGCCAAGAUCACCGAUAAAUCGCGUUGCGUCUGAUAUCAUCGACGAAACGGAAUUUCUCUCUCUGGAGAAGCUGCUGCUGCUGUUUGGACAGAAAACCAAGAAAGAACGUAGAGAAAGCGACGCCAAGCAACUAAAUAACUGCUUCGACGGCGAUUCGAGAUUUACUGCUGCAUCUCGAGGUGUGAACUGUGGCAACGAAGUGUUGAUUCGCACAUCUGUCGGUUCUUACCGUUUCGAGGGCAUAUCCCGAGAAUUCACCAGGAAGUUAUACGAUUGGGAAAAGUAUCGCGGAAUAUCGCCCAGAUCCUCCACGUUUCGCCUAUUAGGCCCAGGAUACACGCCGUUCGCGCAGGAUUCGGACGACGCUGCGUUGGUAGAGCCAUCAAGUGCGACGGGAAAGAGUCGCGCACUCCACUGGACUCUGAAAAGAUCCAAGUCCGAUGGCAGUGUCUUCGAGGGCAGUGUUCGCGACGAAUCCUUCACCUUACGACGCUCCACGAGUCUGCAAUCCUUGAGCUCUACGGACAAACUCGAGGACGACGCACGAAUGGAUACCUUGCCAGCUUCUAAUGAUUCGCAAGGAAUCAAGGAUCCCUCGGAGGACACAGCGGUGGAGGAUUCCGAGCCAGAAGCAAUGAUCGUGGAUAUCGAGGACGUUAUCGAAGAGACCGCCAGUCCUUUGACGGGGGUGCAACCCCAUCAGACGCCGGUGUACUCCGUCGCGGCCAGCGAAACCACCAGCAUUGCGGUUCCCCUCGGCACGGUCACUUCCAGCCACGAACCGUCGCCAGUGUUUCUGGUUGACGCCGAAGAAGACGACGAUUGCGGAAGAUGGAAUGGCAAGAAAUGGAUCGGUCCGGAAGCACGCUCGAGUGAGAACAGUCCAAGUCCGGAACACUUUCCGAUCUCUGAAGACUGGCACGGUGGCACAACAUCUUUGGACACCGAAGAUAAACCAAAUUGGAACGCGUGGUGUAAGGAAGAUAGCAAGGAAGAUGAAAAUUCUACAGGGUGGACCGAAAAAGUGCACCGAUCAAUUCUGGACGACGACUCCGUAAAAUCCGAGAGAUCAAUCGGAUGGAAUCGGGAUACUUGGGACGAGUCGAGUGAUGAAGCGAAUAGAGGUUCACUGAGACUUGAAUUACCUCUUACGCCGAUUUAUGAAAGUAAAACUGAUAUGACGAAACAAGAUCUUUUCGAAAGUGACAAAGAUGAAUCUGCACACUUUGUGGAAAAUUUUGAAACAUCAUCAGCGAUCUGGAAUACGGAAGAAUUGACGGACUCGACACGUACGUGUAAGGAGAUGACCGAGACAAGAAAGAUCGAGGAUCCAGCAGAUAAAUCGAAUAAUGAACAAACAAGCAAUAACGAGGAUCUCCAAGAUGAGGAAAACAAUGAGAAAGCUGAGAGAAAGAAAAUAAUUCUGAGUACAGAUCAUUGCACUUACCAAUUAGCAAGAACGCUGUCAUCGUCAAACUGCGAUUCUAAAGAAGAUUCACUGAAGUUAUCGAACUUAAAUUUAGACGAUAAUAAAGAUUUGUCGGAUUACGGCGGUGUUGAUACCGAAAACGAGGCUUCGGCGCAUUACGAGAGCUGCAGUUCACCCGAAACAGAUGCCGAUCGACAUUACGAAGUUCUCAGGUUUAAAACAGACAUGCGUGAUACUACCGACAACCGCUUAUACGAACCGAUCAACUGUUACGAAAAUCUCACUUCCUCUCUCGACGACAGAAGUAAUAGCGUAAAAGGACAUUUUUCGUUAUCGAAGCUAUCAGGAACGAAAAAACCGAAUUUCUUAGAUACUUCGACAAAUCUCUUGACCGAUUCGACUAUCCGAACCGUCCCAAUAACUGUCUCUAGAAAUAAUGACGCGCGCAGUUUGGAGAGAAUUCUGAUCAACGAAGAGACGUUGAAUAAAAUAAUUGUGCCCACGGCGAGCACAGAAGGCGAGAAAGAUAUGGAGAAGAGACGAGAUUGCGUCAUGAAUAUUGAUCGCAUGGAUGAAAUCGCGGCCAUUGAUGAUCAUCCCACAAGAACGGCUCAAGCCGAAUGCGUACGCAAGGACAGCUCCGCUUCCAGAAACGUUUUCGUGAAGACAAAGCGCAUGAUAUUCGGUCCGUUUCGCCGAUCGGAGGAUCGAUCUGCCCCAAGGAAAGAGAGCGAUGGCUCCGUCGACAGUCGAUUAUCUCGCUCGUCGAAAUCGAAGAGUAAAUCAAGAUCAGCGUCACCCAAAUUGUGUCGGCAGGACGCUCUGCUGCGCAUGUCGUUGUCCUUACCGUGGCCUCUGCGCUCCACCACGAAGGAGAGCGAGAUUCCCUCCGAAGCUGGAUCCAGAAGGAGUUCGGGAAGCAAGACGGAAGACGCGAUUACGACACAGGAGAAGAUUCGACUUUACGCAGGGAACAGCGCGGACAACAAAAAGCCCAAUCGAUUAAUCAACCAAGAAUUAUCAUUCGUCGAUGUAAAUCGGGGAAAGAUUCAUCAAGAUUCGAAGGCGUCGAAAAACGCACGCUCGACCGGGAUAAAUUUCGUGGGUCUUCCUGAACAACUAGGUCAAUCAAGAACAACGUCGAUCGAGCGGGAUCAAAAUGCACGCCGAAUACGAGACGAAGUUAAUCGCGAGCAAACGCAGGGAGAACACGGUAAAGCCAAACAAGAUCAAUCACGAUUCGAUGAGCAACAGAACGAAGGAAAUCAUUGUCAAGAUGGGGGAAAGCAAGAGGAGACCAAGGGCUAUCGAGAACAGAACGAAGCGAAGCAGCAGGAUCGGAACAACGCAAAAUGCGACACGGUACCAUCGGAUCUGAUGCACAAGCUCAGAAUACUUUCGGAUGCUGCGGCCAGGCGGGAAGGUCGCGUGAUCUCUGCGGAAUCCUCCGCGAGCAGCAGCUUCGAGUCGCGUUCCUCCAGGAUACGGCGUGCCAAGGAGAGCUUCCUGUCGCGCCGGGGCGGUCCUUUCUGCUUGACGAUGGAGCCGGAAGCUCCUAAUUAUGGGGAUCCCUGGAGACGAAGACCGACCAGUCAAGUACCGACCGCCGAAACGACAAAGUCGAAUGAGGCUACGGUGAUUACCUCGAAUUACGAAGAAGAAGGGGCAGCGGGAAAUUCAGCGGAAGUCAUGCAGGAUGAAGUGGCGUACUCGAGCGAGAACAAGGUUGAUGCGUGCCAGGAAAAGGAUCUAGCAGCGCUCGACGUCGGUAUCCGGUCGGAAUCGCUGGUGAAAUCGGCGAGUGCCGGUAUGAUCAAUGUAGAUCCCGACACGUUUGGUCGAUUAGUCGAUCGUGGAUGCGAGUCCUUGCCGAGAACGAUCGCGAAGCGUCGCGACUCCGCAAGUCCGUUGGCGAAGAUCGUCAGCAAGCUGAAACUUUCGCGGCUGAUUCGCGCUCGGAAUGCCGACAACAGUGGCAAUAUGAGCACGAUCUCGACACUGUGCAGACAGAGCUUGCUGAUCGAUAUGCGAUGCAACAUUGAGGACCGAUUAGAUGACGGACAGGAAGGUGGGAACCACCCGGUCGAGGCUGCGAGAGAUCAAAAUGAGGACGACGAUGAUCAUCCAGACGAGGAUCUAAAACACUGAGCGAAUAAAUCAUUAUAAUUGAUAUUAUGAAAUAUAUUAAUAUUAUAUAUAUUCUGUAUAAUGUUAAUAUAUUUUUAUAUCUAUUACAUAACAUUUUAAACAUGUGUCAAUUUUUUAAGGUAGCUUCUAAAGUUUGCCUUGGCCAUGUAACAAUGUGAAGAUAUUAAUCUUGAGUAAUGGACAAGCUUACGAUUAGCAAGUAGCAUUUAACUAAAUUUUUAAAUUUAAAUAAUAUCUUAGGAAUCAUGUAUUAAUUAAACUAUACUUAAGUGAUGAUAAUAUAUGUUCAAUUUUGCCAAGAUAUAUACUCAUGAUUCAUGUUAUAAUUAACUUGCAAUACUAAAUGCAACUGGCACAUAUCAUAUCGCCUUAGAGAAUAUCAAAUAUUCGAAUUUUA